UAUGGAACUGAAACCGACAGUUGCUUUGAGAGCUCUCCUAGCAAUGGGAAUAGCUGUUUUCACCAAGGUGGGUGCAGCAACGAAGGCUGCUGGCGGCAUAAAAGUAGGAGCAGCUGUGGCGGCCGUUUCGGCUGCUGCAACAGCGGCAACCACGGGAACCAAGCACCAAAGCGAAGCUUCCAAACCAACCUAAAAGCUAUGCUGUUCAGAAUGCUGGAUUGCCGGAAGAAGCAUGCGAAAGCCAAUAAUUUGAUCCGGCGUGUGUUCCGAGAAAAGUAACUUAACUGAGCGUAAGAUAAUUUUUGGCUUCUUCUUAGCAGAGAAGACCUAAUGGCAAAUUGUUUUUGUUUCUGGAUACUGGUUGAAGUGUUUUUGGGCGUUUUCACAGGAAUAAGUUAUAUAUCAUCGUGUGAAUAGGCGUGGAAGAUUUUGCACAGCCAA